CUUACGAAAAAGUUUAAUUAAUUCAACUCCACCUCCUCUUCUUUCUUUCUUUCUUACGACGACGGACGAAUUAGGGUUCCUCGUCGAUCUCGAAAUUCCUCCAUUACAAUGGCGCUUCAAGCUGGAAUGGGCGUUUCUCGACUCCUCCUCUUUAUCGGAGCUGGUUAUACUGGAACUGUUCUUGUCAAAAACGGCAAAUUAGCUGACAUAAUUGGCGAACUUCAGGCUUUGGUGAAGAAUUGGGAGAAUUCAGGUGACUCUGCAAAUUCUGAUUCUGAGCAAAUGGCUGCACAGGUACGCCGGUUGGCACAAGAGAUUCGGAAUUUAACCUCAUCGCGGCAAAUUACUGUGGUGAAUGGGUCUGGUGGAAUUGAUGGUUCUUCUCUAAUUCUUCCGGCUGCAACCUUGGGUGCUUUGGGCUAUGGGUAUAUGUGGUGGAAGGGUCUUUCUUUCUCUGAUCUUAUGUACGUGACCAAGCGUAAUAUGGCAACGGCAGUCGCAAAUUUGACAGCAAAUCUGGAUAAUAUCACUGACAGACUCGCUAAAGUAAAGUUACACUUGACUCAAAGGAUUGAGAACCUGGAUGGGAAAGUUGAUGAGCAGAGGGAGAUCUCAAAACAUAUUAAUGAUCAGGUCUGUAAGACUCGUGGUGAUAUUGACAAAGUUACCAGGCAGCUAUAUUCCUUGCAGGAGACAGUUUCCAUUUUGGAUGACAAGAUGGGUUUAUUCGAAGAGAAACAGACACUUACACUUAUGGGUGUGGAUUACUUGGUCAACUUUGUUGAUGGGAAGACUUCAAAGGCGCCAGGGCUUUCUCAAAACUUUCAGGAUCAACUUAAACUUGGCAAAAUGCGUGCUCAGCUCCCAUCUUCAAAUGCUCUUGGCCUCCAGGGCCUCAAAGCACUCGCAGACUCAGCAAAUGAGAUCAGAUCCAUCAAAGGUGUUGAAUGACCAUCCUUAUACGAACUUGACAAGUGGGUUUUAAUCUCUUCAGGUCUGCUUCAGUCAAGGCCUUAUAAGUUCUGGAAAUUUCAGGCUGCUGUUGGAGAAGGUCAUAUAUGGCAAUAAAUUUCACAAACCGUAUAUAUUAGUGAGCAGAAAGGUUGUAGGAAGAAAAACCAUUGCGAUGUUUUUACUUGCUUAAAAAAAAUUAUGGGCUACCUAAAGCUUUUUUGCAUAACCUCAUAUGUUCAAAGUUUGAUGUACAUCUUGAGCUCAAGAUCUAACAAUGAACCUUUUAUUAUUCAAAUACUAAAAUAUCCACCGAAAUAUUUUUGCAUCAGAUUGCAGAAUGUGAAGUAUACCACUGCGAAAUGAAACAUUGUGUAUUUUUGUUUUGUACUAUUUUCUAGUUUUUAUUUA